UUGCUGUGCUUUUUGACCCUCCGUAGGUCCCGUAGGUAGAUCUCGUUGAAGAUGACAUUCAAAAUAGGUACCGUGUAGCUCAUUUGAUCUAAAAGCUACAUAUUACUUAGAGUUGCAGAUGGCGAUGUUAUGUGUAAACUCUAGAUAGAUUAUUGUUGUCAUUUGUUAUCGUUUUAAUUAGCUAUUCGGUUUAUUGACGGUGAUUUCGUUAACUAGCAAUAGUAGCUAACAUUAGCUUGCAGGCUACAGCUGGUCUAACGCAGGGUUUUCUGGGUGCACGUUUUGGUUUUUGCCCUAGCUCGUCACAGCUGAUUCAAAUAAUCAAAGAUUGAAGAUGGGUUGGUUAUUUGAAUCAGCUUUGUAGUGCUAGGGCAAAAAAAACUAAACGGUGCCCAGGACAGAGUUUGGGAUACCCUGCUUUAACGAAACGAGUUCAGGGCUACACUGGCUGUCUCACUACAAAAUAACUACGGUCUAUGCUCUGAGAUUACAUUUGAUUAUUUUGCAAUGUUAACUACAUUGACCAAAUUUCAAAGCCGAAGAUGGUUUGUCCAAGAGAUAAGUCGACUAUUUGCACAAGUUUGCGUUAGGCACGAGUUCAUUGGCAGCUUGUUGCUAGGGCUCAAAAGCAACUUGGCAGCACAGAGGAAAACAACUGGAAUCAUGAAUGUCAGCACGUCCUGUGCAUUGUGCGCCAAACCUCGAAUUUCUAAAAAGAAAGAACUUUCAGAAAAGAAACUGACUCGCCACUUUGUGGACCACCGCAAUGUAAAGCUAGUGGCUGGAGCAGGUGGAAAAGGGGCCUGCACCUUCCACAGUGAGCCCCGGAAAGAGUGGGGUGGACCAGACGGAGGGAAUGGAGGAGAUGGUGGGAACAUAAUCAUCAAAGUCGACCUGCAGGUGAAAUCCCUGGCGCAGGUCGCCCCCUUUUACAAAGGAGACAACGGCGAUUCAGGAGGCAGUAAGAACUGCUACGGACGCAACGCCAGCACAACCUACAUCGCUGUGCCAGUGGGCACGGUGGUGAAGGAGCUAGGGAAGACGGUGUCAGACCUCUCCCAGCACAACCAGGAGUAUGUGGCUGUGUUUGGGGGGGCAGGGGGAAAGGGAAACCGCUUCUUCCUGUCCAAUGAGAACCGCGCCCCCAUGACGGCCACCCUGGGAGAGAGGGGACAGGAGAGGGUCCUCCAGCUGGAGCUGCGCACCAUGGCCCACGCUGGACUGGUUGGGUUUCCCAAUGCAGGGAAGUCUUCCCUUCUAAGGGCCAUAUCCAAUGCCAGGCCUGCUGUGGCUGCCUACCCCUUUACCACCCUUAACCCCCAUGUGGGUAUUGUCAACUACAGGGACCAUGAGCAAGUGGCAGUGGCUGACAUUCCUGGUAUCAUCUGUGGGGCCCAUCUGAACCGAGGCCUAGGGAUCUCCUUCCUGCGCCAUAUUGAGCGCUGUCGCUUCCUUCUCUUUGUCCUGGACCUGUCCUCCCCAGAACCAUGGACUCAGCUCCAACAACUGCGCUAUGAGCUGGACCAGUACGAGCCCGGCCUCACCCACCGGCCCCACGCUAUCGUAGCCAACAAAAUGGACCUGCCUGGGGCUCGGGGAAACCUUGAGGCCCUCCGGGGCCACGUGGCCCACAGGGUGAUCCCUGUGUCUGCCCUCACAGGCCAGAACACAGAGGAGCUGAUCCUGCACCUCAGGGAGUUAUAUGAUGGCUAUCUACAGACCCAUGGACAGGGCAGUGGGCAGGACAUGCCCACCAGGUGGUAGGUCUGCCCUGGAAAAGGACUGAAAGACUUCCAUGCCUUUUCCUCACUGCGCCUCACCUGCUAAGUGUAUUUUGUUUAAAUUAUAGAUCUAAAUAAAUACACUGCUCAAAAAAAUAAAGGGAACACUAAAAUAACACCCUAGAUCUGAAUGAAUGAAAUAUUCUUAUUAAAAAUACUUUUUUCUUUACGUAGUUGAAUGUGCUGACAACAAAAUCACA